AUGCUUAAGAUAAGAAAAGUGGCUAGCAUAUAUCUUUUAGCAUUUAUUUUGUUUGGAUGUGUUUAAACAGCUGAGAAAAAUAGAAUUUAAACUACAUGCACCAACAAUUCAGAUAGAUUUAAGUUCUAAGAGGGUUGCAUAGAACUCAAAUAAAAUCAAAAUUAGUAAUCAAAGUUUAUAAAAAUUAAUAGCUAAUGUAAUUGUACCAAUAGUUUCAUGGAUAUUUUAAAUAAAACAAUUAAUUUAUAUGAUACUUCAAUAGUUUUAACUUGUGAUAAAAGUAACUAACCUGUAGAUGAUAGCAAAUCAAGACUGAGAUACUCUUAAGAAUAAUGUAAAUUUUCUAAAGAGUGUUUAAGCGGAAAGUGCAAUUAAAUCAUUGGUAUAUGCGAAGGACAAAAGUUAGGAUAGAUUUGCAGUGUUUAAGAAUAGCUCUUUUGUGAUCCAUAGUUAAUUUGUGAUUAACAAAGCAACACUUGCAAAUCUCCAAAUUAAUUAAAUUUAAAAACAUAAACUUUUAGCUAAAAUAUUGAAAAAAAUGUAAUUAUUUAAAGCUAUGAAGAAGAUUUUAUUGAAUGUCAAAGUAGCUUUGAGUGUGGAUAAAAUGAAUUUUGUCAUAUUGGUAAAUGUUUAGCUUUAAUGAGUUUAGAAGAAGGAUAAAUAGCUGAUUUUAAUGAAAAUAAUUUAUUUAGAGUAGGUGAUUCUUUUGUAGAUUUAAGAUGCAAGAAUCUCCUAACUUAAAAUAAUACAUGCUCUAAAAUUAAACAAUUUAAUGAAGAAAGUUUAAUCAAAAAGUGUGCUGACUCAAAUGGGUGCUCAGCUUCUAGAAGAUGUGAUUUAUUGUGGGAUUCUUCUAUGGAAUUCUACAAAUAAGCCAAAUACAAUUUCUUAUCCAAUUCUUUUUGCUAGGUUUAUCCAGAUAAUUUGUUGUUUGUUGAGAGCUUAAAAAACGCUUACAUCUAUGACCUUAUCGAAUAAAAUGAAUUAUGUCCUUUAAACUUUAAAUUUUAAAGUAAAUGCAGUAUAAUUAAAAAAUCUUUAGAAAAACUGAGAUAGUUAGUUUUAUAUAUAGAUAACUAUCAUAUCAUAAAGAAUACAUGCAUUAAACAUAUGCAGCACUUGUUUGAUGUUGAUGCAUUAUAAUUUAUGAAUCAAUAUGAAGACUAAUUAUAGUUAGUUCAAAAUGUAAUGAUAAGACAUCUACAAUAGGAUUAAUAGAAUGAAAACAAUAAAAAUAAUACAAAUAAUUCUCCUAAUACAGAUUAGCCUAAAUAGACUGAAGACAAUAAAGGAAAUGGCACCAAUAAUACAAAUUCAAAUGAUAACAACAAAGGAAAUUAAAAUAAUGAAAAUACAAAUAACAACAGCGAUUCUAAUAACGAUAAAAACUAAAAUAACAAUAAUAAUGGUAAUAAUGAUAGUAAUAACAACAACGAUUAGUAACAAAAACCAGAAGAUAAAGAAAGCGACUCUAGUUCAUCAAAUACAGGAAUUAUAGUAGUUUUAAUUGUUAUUGUUUUAGUGUUUGGGUGCUGUGGUGCAGUGAUUUAUAUAAGGAGGAGAAAUGAAAAUGGAUUUGCCAGUUUGGCUGCAUAAUUAGAAAAGGACAAAUAAUUAAUGAUUAAAAAGGGAGGAGGUAUGAUGAGCAUGGGAAGUGGCAGUAUGAAUAACAAUAAAGUAAAUGCUAACAGUACAGAUUCUUCAGGAAACAUAUAAGGAAAGCAGAUUCAAAAUGAUGAAAUGCAAAUUGUAGACUAAAAAAAAUUUAGCAAAAGAGUCGUUAAUGACGACGUACGUCUUCCUUCUUAGUAAAAAGAAGCUUAAGUUUCACUGAAAAAUCUAAAUAAAACUGGUGGAGUAGAGCUGCAUCUUGAGCAGAACAAUGGAAAUGAAUACUAAGAUAAAAGUGAUAAAGCAAUACAUCAUGCGGUUCAUAGACCACACGCAUAGCAUCCUCAUAGCAGUGGCAGCGUCCCGACCACAGGAAUUCCAUCACAACAGCACCAAGGACCUAAAUCGUAACAGAAAGCAUAAGAUAUGGAACAAUAAAAAAACUUAGAUACAUCAGUAUAAAACAACUUCUUUAGUAUUGACGGGGAGGACGAAGAGAAGCAUGAUAAAAUAAUGGAUUCCAUUUAGUUGGACUAUCAAUCAGACGACACUACUUACUCAAACGUGUUCAACUUAGAAGGAGAAGAAUCAUCAAAGCCACACUCGAAUCGCAAAAAAAAGAAACAGAAACAAAAGUAAUAGAAUCACCUCUUUUUCGACGACAAGAACGAAGAAUGA